CUUAAGGACCUAGCCCUAAUAAUUUAAAACAACUAAUUAACUUAUCUUUCAACUUGGGAAUAGGACGCGCCCAUGACUUUUCGUCAUUUUAUAGGCUCUCCCCACACACUGAUUUCCAGUCUGUACUGGGAUCGAAAACUGAAAAAUUCAGCCGAAAUGCCGUCGCCACCGCCCUCCACAAAAUCGCUCGAGAUCUGCCGCGUCACUCCGCCGCCGGACUCACCGGAAUCCUCCGCCCAAUUUCCCCUACCCCUCACUUUCUUCGACACCUUCUGGCUGAAAUUCCCUCCAGUGGAGCGCAUCUUCUUCUACAGACUCUCCUCCUCCGCCACCUCAUCACCUUCCGAGUUCCAAUCCACCGUCGUCCCCCGCCUGAAGCGCUCCCUCUCCGUCGCCCUCCUCCGCUUCCUCCCUCUCGCCGGCAACCUCACGUGGCCGGCCGACACCGACGUCCCCUUCAUCCUCUACACCCCAGGGGACGGCGUGUCCGUCACGGUCGCCGAGUCCACGUCAGCCGAAGGCGACGACUUUGACCUGCUCUCUGGGGAUGGACCUCGCGACGCGAUUCUGUCGCGGGCUUACGUGCCGAAACUCGCCGUUUCGGGGCCGAACGCUGCCGUUUUGGCGCUGCAGGUCACGCUGUUCCCGAAAAAGGGAUUCUGCAUCGGGGUGACGUGUCAUCACGCCGUUCUUGACGGGAAGAGCACCGUGAUGUUCCUCAAGGCUUGGGCGCAUAUUAGCGAUGAUGAUGAUGAUGGUGAAGGAAUGUUGCCGGAUGAACUAACGCCGUCUCUUGAUCGGACGGCGAUUAAGGAUCCGGACGGAAUAGCGUUGGAAGACGUGAAGACGUGGACGGCUCUCUGUGCCGAAGAGGACAGCCCGAGAAGCUUGGCGCUCUUGCCGGAGGCCAUGCCUACUGCUGACAAAUCUAGUCAGUUACGAGGAACGUUCAAGCUGUCGAGGCAAGAUAUUCAAAAACUCAAACAAAGCGUAAUACGCUACUUGGAAAAGGACGACGACGAAAAGCGAUUGGAAAUGAAACCCAAUAAUAACCUGUCAACUUUCGUCAUCACUUACGCAUACACACUUGUCUGCAUGGCAAAAGCCAAAGGGUCGGAGGACGAAGAGAAGAAGGCAUUCUUCGGGUUCACGGCGGAUUGCAGAUCCAGAUUGGACCCACCGUUGCCUUCCAACUACUUCGGCAACUGCGUCAUGGCUUUCGCCGCCGGCCAAAUCACUGUCCGAGAUCUGGUUCACGAGGGUGGAAUCGCGGCUGCUGCUCACAGGCUUGUCGAGGUGAUACGGCCGUUAGAGAAAGGCGUCCUCGUGGGGGCUAAGGGGAAGCUGGCGAGGCUGUUCGGUGAGGCGGCGGCAACGAAAGAGGUUGGGGCGCUGAUCGGUGUCGGCGUGGCAGGGUCGCCCCGGUUCGGGGUUUACGGUGUGGAUUUCGGGUACGGGCGGCCCGAGAAGGUGGAGAUCACGUCCAUAGAUAGAACGUCGGCUAUGUCGAUGGCGGAGAGUGGAGAUGGAAGCGGCGGCGUCGAGGUUGGCGUUGUUAUGGAGAGGCAUGAGAUGGAGGAGUUCACCUCUGCCUUCUUUGAUGGGCUUAAACAUAUUUGAGAAAUGGUGUAUUAUUAUUAUUACUGGCUUAUAACUCGGCCCGUUGGCCGGAAUGUUCAUAUUUUAUUAUUUAUAAUUUUAUGUUAAGUUUAAGUCUAUCAACUUGUUUAAUUUUUUUAAUAAUCUUUCGAAUGAAAUGAUACAUAUAAAUAGGUUGUGUUAGCUGUAAACACCAUAAACCUAAAGAGCCAAUAGCCACCACUCUCCGUUGAACGACCAAAUUUUUAUCCACUCUAUCUUUAAUCUCAAGAGGCAUAUGUUUCAACCAAACAACUUCAUUUCCUCGGGGCACUUGUAAUAAGUUCGCUAAAAACAACACUCAUCUCCAAUUCCAUCAAUAUGUUCAUCUCCCCCUUGACUGCCUUUACCUGCUUUCGUCCACUUCCAUCCUAUCCAUAACCUCUCCAUUUUCAUUAUUAUCCUCAUCAUCUCUCACUUCUCUCUCUUUAACUGCUCCAGUUUCUCUUCCGUGUCUUUCAACACCCACCUCAAUUCAUUCACUACCCUCUCCAACUCCCUCUUCUUUGCCUUCACCUGUUGCGGUGGAACUUUACCUUCUACCAAAUCCAAACACAAUUUCUUCCCCCCCCCCCCCCCCCCCCCCACGUCCAUUCUCAAACUCAAUUCCAACUCUUCAACUCCAAGUUUAAAUUCAUAACUACUUGAUUGAAAUCCAUUCUAUUCGCCAUGGAUUGAUAUCGGAUUUGAAAUUUUCUAUUUUCCUAGCUUAAAUCCCAAAAAUAAAACUGUCGUGCCAAGAGAAACUGGAAGAUUAAUUUUCAAAUGCGUUCUUGUACUGGGAAGUGAAAGGGCCAAAUUAUUGCACGAUGGAGGGACUUUCGGAGGAAGUUAUAAAGAGAUAAGAACAAAGAUAAAUAAUUUCUUCCAUGUUAGCAAUUACAAAUUUACCUAAGCAAAAAUUAAGGAGAGCAUGAAUUUUAAAAUGGAUAAAAUUACAUGAAACUCUACUAUGGAAAUUGAAGCAUUAAGCAUAAAAAUAAAUAUGGUAGAUUUAGUGGGCUUGUUGAUCAUGAUGUAAAAGUCAUUAACUUUCCAGAGUUUAGUGUAUGUUUUGUAUCAAAUAGAAACAACAAAUUCGUUUAGUGUAGUUGGUUAUGAUUGUUGUCCUUGUUUGAAGAGACCUGGGUUCAAAUCUUGAUAUUGAUAUUUUUUAUUUGAAAUAAAUAAAUAAUUGUAAAGACAAAAAUGUCCUUCCUACUUUCACUCUCGUUACAGAAAAUUUGAAAUGGAGAAAAUUACACAAAACUCUACCAUAUAUUAAUGGGGAUUAUUAUUAUUAUUAUUAUUAUUAUUAUUAUUAUUUGGUGCUCAACUUUUUGGAUAUUUUCUUUGAUAACGACGGAUUUGAAGGUUUCCUGCCUCGCCAUCCGUGGGUUUGUUUCACUAAAAUAUCGUUUCGUCGUAGGAUGACAAAAAUAUCCGUAACCGUGGAUAUCCACCCGAAUCCGAUCUAAUCGGGUAGGGUAAAACCCGAACUCGAAGGAAAUUUAGUGGGUACGGGUAAAACUCGAACCCGAAUAUUGCGGGUAAUGGGUGGGCAUGGGUUUCUAACUAUCCAACCCGAACCCGCCCGAUUAUACGCAUGCAUGUGUAUUUUCUCUAGAAAUAAUAAUUAAUUUUCUCUAACAUAUUUUAUAUUUAGCAUAUAAAUAUAAUAUUUUAAUGAAAUUAUGUUGUUUUA